GCUGAAGCGAUGAUGCCAUGAUCUUGGAAUGCAAGAAACGCUCGGCCGUCGACUUAACUGAUCCUCAUAUUGUUCGUUAUUAGUCAGAUCCUGGUGGUUGGUGAUAAACAGCCAGAAGACAUCUUAACUGAGGAAAAAAGAUCGUCGGGUUUUCAUGAAGAUGACAAAUUCAACUUCAAACAAUUUGAUUUUCAAUCUCACGAAAGAAGGACUUGGUGGCAUCUCGAGCAAUGUCACUCAAGAGUCCAAUGAAAGCCAAGUAAACAUUUACUCAAAGGCCUUGAAGCUCGCUUUGUAUACAAUCAUCUUUCUGGUCAGCGCUAUUGGAAACAUUCUUGUCUGCAUCAUCAUAUUCAGGAAGCGAAGGAUGAAGACGGUCACAAAUUAUUUCAUUCUCAAUCUGGCUUUCGCCGAUCUGACUCUCACGCUGAUUUGCAUCCCAUUUGACAUACCUGUUCAAGAGAUGAAUUACAGGUGGCCUUACGGGUCGUUCAUGUGUGGUGUCCUUUAUCCGCUUCAGACUAUGUCCUUAUUUGCAUCAGUGUUCACACUAACAGCGGUUAGUCUGACUCGUUACUGGGCCAUCCUGCACCCAUUAAAACGUCAGCUUAGCACCACCAAUGCUAAGUGUCUGAUUGCAAUUAUUUGGCUGCUGGCCAUAGUACCUGUCUCUCCUUACAUAAAUGUUCUGGGAAUCGGCGAAACCGGGUCAUGCGACGAAACCUGGAAAAACGUUCACAGCAGGAAGGUUUACACCGUGUUCCUCUUUGUUGCACAGUAUGUUGUUCCUCUGAGCAUUAUCGCCGCAGCGUAUGUAAGCAUUGGUAGGGAGUUAGGUAGGAAGAAGUCGGACACAGAAAACAGAUCCCUUCAACAUGCCAAGAACGAAGAAGCAGCCAAAGUUACUCGCAUGUUGGUUGCUGUAACGAUUCUGUUCGCAGUUUGCGUUCUCCCCACCAAUAUCAUGUGGUUAUGGCUGGACUUUGGCAAAGCCGAUGAGGAAUUUCCAGAAUUUUGGGAGCUGGUGGCAUUUUGCAACAUUCUAACUUUUGCUAACAGCGCUGCCAAUCCAGUGUGCUACACCAUAACAAACGCAAAUUACCGAAAAGAAAUCAAGUAUCUUCUGAAAAGAUGGUUCAACGGGCGAGAAGCAGGUUCGAUAAGAUCUGACCAUACGAGAAUGCUAGACGUUUCCAAAGACCAAAGUUUCAAUCGAAUGACAGUUGAUACUUCAAUGUAAAAACUCACACUUGUACUGGGAUCCCUCGUUCAAGUGUUCAUUUUUAAAAGCUGGGGCCAAACUGAAGACUCUAUAAUAUUCCCCUCGUUGUAAGAUUCACUCAUUAAUGCAAUGUUUUUUUUUUGUCGGAACGUCAAUUAAGAAAAUUACUCUCUAGGCUCUUCUCUCCGUAUCUCAACGGUUUUCAAUGCCUACAUUUUGCAACAAAAACCGGAAUCCUAUUUUUAAUUAUUUAUUUAUCUCUUUUUUUUUUCACUUCAGCCUGGCUAAGGUUACCGAUGCUACAUUUCGGGUUUUCAGUGCAAAUUUACCUUAUUUUAAUUUUGCAUGAUAAGUGAUUGCUUUUUUCCACCCGAAUUCAUGUCUUAGCAAGUUACCUACUAGAUAAAUCAGGACCAAGCAACCCUGGAGAUUUCAUUCCUGCUGGUAUCACUAGUUUUAACAGGUAACCGGUCAAGUCGCCCAAAACCUGAGUCAUGUUGCCCGAAAUUUUAGUAAUGUCGCCCGAAAAAAAAAGUCAAGUCGCCGGAAGAAACAAAUGCUAAAAAGAUCAGAAUUUCAGACUGUCAAUAGGCAAUAACGUUGAGAAAUUUUUUAUCGCUAAAACGCUCUUUGUUUCCGACAACACCAUGAAGAUUCUUAAAGUGUUGUUCGUUCCUAACAACAAA